GCUCGCCGUCUGGCCACGCCGAGAGCACGCCGUCGGGGCCAGGCCGCGGCGUCAAGCACCACUCCCUCCACUGCUUCUGCUUAGAUGCGUAGCUGCGCAUUGUGUUCUUCGGCUGCUCGUCUCUCUUAGCCUGUAGGCCGGACACUCUUUACACUCUUUACACUCUUUACACUCUUUACACUCUUUACACUCUUUACACUCUUUACACUCUUCUAGGCGAAAGAACGGGUUGGCGCUGCCGUGAGCGUGGCACCGGGAGAUGGACGUGACCGCCGAGGAGAUCCUGGUCGCGGGUGGGGAUUCGGUGACCGCGACGCGUCGCUCGUCGAGACCCGUGAAACCAACCGCGAAAGCCCAAAAUUUUUGGCAAGUAGCCUCAAGCCAGACCGGAACGUCGAAGAAUGCCGGCACAAAGCAAGUGGCAGCAGGCGACAACGACUGGGACAAUGCGGACCAGGGAUUGCAGACCGUGGACGGCGCGGCUCGCAGCGAUUCAUCGCUAUUGCAGAUGAUGCUCCAAACGACGCUCCAGACGAUGCUCCAGGAAACGUCGAGCCAUCUCAUGAGCAAGCAGAAACAGAUGCUGGAGAGACUCUGGGAUGCUUUGGUGGAGAACCAGCAGAAAGCGACAAAGGUGAUUAGCGAUCAGCUGGAGAUGAUCCGACAACUCCAGCAGGAGAUACGGACGGUCAGGGCCGAGGCGGCUGACGACCGGAAAAAAGCCGAGGAAACCAGAAGCAUGCAGGAACAGACAGCACGUGAGAUGAAACAGAUGCGCGAGCAGCUGAUUGAACAGCUCAGGCAGGUGAGGGAACAAGCGGCAGAAGAAACAAAGCAGUUGCGAGAACAACUAGACGCGAUGGCCAAAAGUAUUCAGGCCAACAGCGCCCAGACGAGCCCGCACCCAUCGUAUGCAGACGUAGCCCGUACCCCGCCGUCAAGCCAGCCAAGCAACGUUCAAACCCUCUCGUCGAUGCAAACAACACCGUCCACACUUAUCGAUACUCUCUUCUGCACUAUCGACACAUCGCGUGUCAACGAGGAGGAGAAGGGCAAAGCGCAAGUGGGAGGAAUUCGACAGGCCAUUGAGGAGGAGAUGCGAAAGAAGGAGGGCCGACAGGACUGGAGGUGUGCAGCGGUGGUGAGGAACGCAAAGAACGCAGACCGUAUUAAGGUGAUCUGCCGAGACGAGUCGGAGAUGAAGCUCGUCAAGGAAGCGGCAGAGAAGACAGCAGUCAAGGGCGCAAGAGUCCUCAGGGACCAACUGUAUCCGGUCAAAGUUGACGGCGCAAACAGGGCAGCGGUCCUGGACUCAGCUGGCAACGUGCUGCCAGGCACAGCGGAGGCGCUGGGAAAGGAGAACGGAGUGACGAUUGCUAAGAUGCACUGGCUCAGUGACAAGGAGAAUGGGAAAUCCUACGGCUCGAUGGUGAUCUACGUCACGAAGGCGAGUGAUGCGCAACACCUGCUGGAAGAGAAAUACUUUCACCUCGCUGGGGAGUCAGCCAGCACCAAC